AUCGAGGGAAGGUGUACUCCUCCGAUUUUUUUCGCACCGUCUCGUGUUUCCGAUUUAAAUGGAAACUAAAUACGGAGAAACUUGAUCAACCCUUUUUUAUUCACUCACCCGCUGCACCGGGGGUCGUAUUUAAACGUAAAUAAUCGCCCCGGGCAGAUGAAUAAAGUCCAUUGGUGGCAGUUUUACCUUGGAUACUGAAGUGAUAUCGAUCGUGCUGUAUAUCUGUGUACCUCUGAUUUUGAUUCUAUUGUUUUUACAUCAACGUUUGACGUUUGUCGAGUGAUUGUUCUAUUAUGUUCACUCAUCUGUGAUACUCCGAGAGUUGCUGAUCACCGGUGACAUCAUGAUUGGCGUUAAAAUGCUGCCGCAGACACCUGAAAUUAUCUCGACAUCUCUCAACCAGAAAUGCGUAAAGGCGCGCGCCCUUUACGACAACAUAGCGGAGGCACCCGACGAGCUGGCAUUUCGGAAGGGUGACGUUCUAACGGUUUUAGAGCAAAAUACCUCGGGUCUGGAGGGAUGGUGGCUAUGCGCCCUCAGGGGCAGGCAGGGAAUAUGUCCAGGAAAUCGACUGCGUCUGCUAGUAGGUCAGUACGACAGCGGUAUUGGCGGUAGUCGAGCUGAUCUCACCCUCUCCGAGGACGGAGUCCAGCGUCAUGGAAAAAGACGCAGUUGGCACGUUCAAUCGAACAGGGUGGUGACACCGCAAAAAUGUGGGGAUGUCUAUCUGUACGAUCUGCCAGCAAAUCGGAGCAGCCCAGCCCCAUCCUCACAUCGAGACUCGCCGCUGAACUCGAUGGAUCAAAUUCAUGGAGGUCGAUUCUCCGGUGGUCACCAGAGCUCGAUAGACUCCGGUGGUGACGUGAGCGAUUGCUACGACGUGCCGCCCCGUGCAACCCCGGUAAUUCCAUCUCCAGCAAGCAGUCCAAGCCCAGCCCCCUCGUGCUAUGACAUCCCCAGGCCGCCCACCUCCUGCACACCGAAUUCCAAUUGCUCCGGUGGUUCAGGGGUCACUCCCCUCGACUGUUACGAUGUUCCUCGUCCCCUGCAGCCACUGACCCCAAGCAGUUCAGCCUCGAGUCUGACGAAUGAUGGAUCUCUGAGUGGAUCCAACAGAUCGAGCAUUACAGCGCCCGAUUACGAUAUUCCUAGGCCUCGUCUCCCCUCAUCCUCGAGGUACAACAGCCUCCAGAAGAUCUCCACAACUCCACCGCCGAGUCAGAUCCCGCAGAAUCAACAGAUUUAUGACGUUCCCGUGAGCAAGGAGGGCCCACAGAUCAGCAAAGAACUUCCCCUGGAGCUCGAGUCAGCCCUCGAGGGCCUCCAGAAGCUCCAGAGUGAGGCGUCAGCUGCUGUGGGACGUCUCCUGGGCUUCGUCAGCCCCGGAUGGAGGACCCCACAGCGUCUCGAUGCCACACUGAUGGAUUUAAGACUGGCAGCUCUGAGAUUACGAACUUCUCUGCAUGAUUUAGCUGAAUUCGCUGAGGGCACACUUGGUAAUGCAAGUAAGGCACCUGACAAGGGGCUUGCCAAGAAAUUUAGGCCGCUGGUUAAGGCCCUCAGGGACUCAGAUAAACUGGUCCAGGAGGCUGCGACCGAGUUGGAUCAGAUGGAGUGGGACGCCGGGAGGCUUGCGAGGGGGGGUGGCGAGACUCCAACGCCCACUAAUGGCACUCCACCGAGCAUUGGGCAAGCACUACAACCUGAUCCACUGGAUCAACUCAUCGCGUGCGCUAGGGCACUUACUGAGGAUGUUCGACAAAUUGCCAGUUUUAUUCAGGGAAACUCAACACUGUUAUUCAAAAGAUCGUCAAUCAUCUCCAGCAGUGCCAGCACAAAUGCAGAGGACUAUGACUACGUGAAUUUAGAUUCACGGGAGACUGUGGCGAAGCAGAGGGAGGACAUAAGGGCGGACCUGCCUUCCGACGAGUUGAGGAAGACUUAUGAUCUGCUCGUGGCGGAAGCUGAUAACGCCGCUAUUCAGACAACUACUACCCCAACUCCAAUGGAUCCUAAUGAUAAGCAAUUGUUGGCAUUCUAUGUGGCACAAGUGAUAACACAUGGGGCACAUUUGACACACGCUAUUGAGGCUUUUCUCCAGACAGUGCAGCAUAAUCAACCGCCUAAGGUUUUCCUGGCACAUGGAAAAUUUGUAGUCCUGAGUGCGCACCGUCUGGUGCACAUUGGCGACACGGUUCACCGAAAUGUCACGAGCAAUGAAAUACGAACGAGAGUCCUUCAAUGUGCAAAUGCCCUGAGUGAAGCACUGGCGCAGACAGUAUCAAAGACAAAACAAGCAGCCCAGUUCUUCCCAAGUGUCGUAGCUGUGCAAGAGAUGGUCGACAGUGUUGUUGACGUUUCCUUGCUGUCUAAGGAACUCAAAGUUGCCAUGAUCCAUGCUGCCCAGCAGCCUUAAAUCCCAAGCAUAUGCCACUGUGGAUGAAAUGAAAUUUUACCUCAAAAGAAUUGCAGAAUGAACUUUUAACAGUUCGAGAAUAAUUAUUAGACAUUAUACAGCGUUAAAGUACUGCCAAAGCGUAAUUUGCGGAUAGAUAAAAUGAUAAAAUGAAUACGAUGGAGUCAAAUGUAUGGAGGAAAGUGGUAAAAGAAGAUGGCUCCACCAUUUAUUGACUAGACGACAUUUCAACUAAGGAGUGAAUUCAUGAAUGAUAAAGUCUUAGUACGCAGAUAGAUCUUGAUGCUUUUGAUCCAAAAGUUAUAAUUGAUAUCUGGUCUAUUAUGGGUAGAUGACAUUUGAGGUUGACCUGGCGUGAGCUGGAUUGAUUUUUCCCUUCUUUCUGAAAACGAAACAUGUAGAAAUGGAGAAAAAUUUAACGAAAUAGUCGAGAAUGCAAUGAAGUAAUAUUCAUCUGGAUAUUUUCAAUUUGGAUAAUGAGAAAGGGAUGAAAAAAAUCGAAAAAUAGGCCUGGGGUGUGCUACACACCCCACGUGAGCGAGGAAGGGUUAAAUUGGCUAGGCUGGCUGGAGCUAAAGCUCGAAGCUUUCCAUUCGGAAGUUAUUCAUUAAUCGAGUACAUUAAUUUAUGAAUUAGUGUAUUUUCAGAUGAAAACAGUUGAAAUGUCGUCUCGGUGAUAAUUUGAGCUAUUUGAGCGAACUGAUCCAAAAAUUUUCAAUUAUCUUAGAAAUGAUUAGGUUUAGAGGAAGAUUUCAAGAGAAAUUUUUGUGCUGAGAUCUUUUGACAUUUUUCAUCAGUUUCCAAUUCAAGAUAUACGUGGCAAAUAAGUUAGGAAGCUGUAUAAGACAAAUUGAUUGCAGAUUAUUCAUUAAGAUACCUUUUUUUGUAGAGUUUCCAUAAAAAAAAGUUGUAUUAAUUUUGUUUCUCAAACCUUUUCUUUCUGAAGAUGAUAAUAAGCAAUUUCCUCAUAUCGUUUUAUGAGUGUAUCUAAAAACUCAUCAAUUUUAGAGAGAAGUAUUAAGAGAUUUUGCAGCCAAUUUGAUUAAAUUCGAAUUCUCUGACUGAAUCUUCUAAUUUAACAAAGAAAUGAUAAUAUAAUACAUGUAAGACAAAUGUUUUUAUUACGCUCGAAACUUCUAGGUUUCAGAGGAUUCAUUCUAAAAUUCUUCAAUGAAGCUUCAAAUCGUAUACUAGAGAUCUUUCCACAUUUUCCUCAAUCUUUCACAUUUAAUAAUAAAACAUAUCUUGCAGAUAUUUGUGCAUAAACCUUGAAGUUUCCCGCAAAAAUGGUCUCAUAAUUUUUCUCUGAAUCUUUUAUAUGAUUCCAAGAUAUGUUUGAGAUGAGGUUGAACUGAUCUUUUUUUACCACUUUAUUACUGGAAUACGUUCCGUGGAAGAACGUUCGUAUGAUACUGGCCUUUAUUUGGUAGCUGAAAACCACGUAGACCCUUUUUGGAAGUCAUUGUAAUUUUCCACGUGUUUUAGAGUCGAAAGAAAUUCAACAAAGAGUGAAAGAACAGAGAAGAGAUAGUGAUGAAUUAGGUAGACCCAUGGAUAUAAUAGUAAUUGUUUUCACGUUUCGAAGGAACCAAAAAAAGAGAUUUCACCAUCGACUUUUUUGAGUGAAAGAGAAUCAAUUUUUUAUACAAAAACUUUUGUCGGGCAGCUGUAAGUCCACCAUUGGAUUUUUGAAUACUUAUCGAUGUUUUAUUGAAAUUGAAUUGAAGUCACAACGACACUAAACUGCUGAUUGAUGCAGAGAACUGAUUUUAUAAAGAGAAACGUUGAAGACCAGGGAAUAUACACGUUUGCAGUUUCGUAAAUUGUUUAUAAUUUAUUUGCGAUAAGAUUUUGUAAAAAAAUGUAUUAGUUUUUUAAGACGAGUCGUGUAUUGUGAUGUUUUUAGGUAAUAGGCCAAUUUGCGUAGCACUGCGGCUCAUAUCGAGGCAAAAAAUUGAAGAAAAUAUUGAAAAAAGAGAAUUGUAAAACACUUAAUUGAUUUUAGAUGUAAAAGUAUUAUACAAUGUACAUAAAUAUGAAUAUUUAUAUAUAA